AUGUCAGCCGAAGCAACGUUUCACUCUCGAAGACGUCGGCGUACUUAUUCGGGAGAAGAAUCACCACUUUCAGGAUGGAAGCUUGGAGUUGUUAUCGGAGUAAUAAUUAUGUGUUUUGCAAUGCUUUAUCCAAGUAUGCUUCAUCCAUUGAUAUCUUCAUUUUUUCGGACUCCACCGGCACGGAAAACAGUCACAAAUCGACCACCGAUCCAUCCUGCAAUGAGUUCACAACGAUCUCGUCCUGACUUACAUCCAGGCAUGUUUUAUAGCAUGCGAAUGACCGCAAAUCAACCAGAUAUAACUACGCCAUCUUCCUCAUCCAAAGGAAUGUUUACAUGGAUGCUUCCAAUUUAUACAGUUGGCGUCGUUGCAUUCCUUAUUUACACCUUAGUUAAGUCGAAAAAGAAACGACGAGCUAGGCGGCAUGAUUACUCGUCGACGGAAAGUGAAUCAGAGGAGGAUUAUAGUCGAAAUGAUGAACGUACUAGCGGCAUUGGUAAACGGAAACUGAAGGGGCUUCAAGAACGUUUGAGGCAAACUGAAAUGGCCAUGGAAAAGAUCUUGGAACAACUGAACACAAUUUCUGCUGAGGCAGCCAGUGCAACGAAACAAAAUUUAACAAAGAAAACAGAAAAUGAAGAAUCACUGAAGCACUGUCAUGACCAGCAGGGUGGAAAAACAGAGCAAUAUUUGCGCGAUCUUGAAGAGGCAUUGCUCGAUUUCAAGGAGCUGUCCAAAAAAUACAAAGAAAGAGAGGAUGAUGAGUGCAGUACCAGUGAUGCUCAACCAUACAUUGAUGAAGAUAUACACGGCAGUGAAACCUCCAUUAAUACAAGUGAGCAGUGCAAGUGCAAUAAUCUGGAAGAAUCUAAUUCUUCCGAUGAACAUCUGAGAAAGCAGAAAAGCUAA